AUGGUUAAUUUCUAUCUAUCUAUCUAUCUAUCUAUCUAUCUAUCUAUCUAUCUAUCUAUCUCGGUCUGUCCAUAUCUACCUGUCUCAGUCUGUUCAUAUCUAUCUAUUCGCGUCAAUAAAUCAAAAGAUGAAUCGAUAUUUGAAGAUGCUUGCGACAAGGAUGACGCCAGUGGCAUCCUGGAACCGGACGAUAAAGACGGUGAUGAGUCAGGCAAACAGAAGAUAAAAUCCUUUUCUUCAUCUGGUUCCGAUUCCGGCAAAGCUGGCAAACCGAGACGCGCUCGGACGGCUUUCACUUACGAACAGCUGGUCGCCUUAGAAAACAAGUUCAAAACCACGCGUUACUUAUCUGUUUGCGAACGGCUCAACCUCGCUCUUUCACUGAAUCUCACAGAAACUCAAGUGAAAAUCUGGUUCCAGAACCGUCGAACAAAAUGGAAAAAACAAAACCCCGGCAUGGAUGUUAAUAGUCCCACAAUUCCACCCAGCAGCGGGGCCCUGUCGGGAUUCUCAUCUCCCUACUCGAGUACCACCCCUCUGUACGCUCAGGGUCUCCAUCCGUACCUACAGAACCACAAUUUGUACGGAGCUUUGGGUUUGUUCCGUACACACGCCGCCAGUUACGGUGCACAGAACCAUCACAUAUAUUAUCCUUAUUUUAGUCAAACGACUUGA